GCGGCUAAAACUCUUAUCCUCUGGUGCUCUCUAUUAUAUAAAUAGAACCCAUGGGAUCUCAUCUUCUUUCAUCAGCAACUUUCACAAAUCAAUUCUCCUUUUUACAAACAAAAGACAAAGCAAGAGUUUCUCUUAUUUCUCCAAUUUGACCCAAAAGAAGAAAAAGAAAGAGAAAAGAUGAGUUCAAGAAGCAAAGCAUGGUUAGUGGCAGCAACCAUCGGAGCCGUGGAGGCCUCGAAAGACCAAUUAGGACUAUGCAGGUGGAAUUACAUGAUCCGAUCGGUGAAUCAACGUAUCCGAAACAACGUGAGAUCCGCUGCUCAGGCGAACAGGUUCUCUUCUUCGUCCACGACCGCCCUUGCCUCCUGCAAGGAUUGUGACAAGGCAAAGCAAGCUGAGGAGUCUCUCAGGACCGUCAUGUACUUGAGCUGUUGGGGUCCUAAUUGAUGAAGACAGAUUAAUUCAGAUUUUUACUUUUGCUUUGCGGUCGAUUGGAUCCGACAGGUUGUAUCUAUGUGGCGGGAGCUAUGAAAUCAAAAUCCUAAAUAGACGCUAUGAGUUUUUGGGGUUUUAACAGAUUUGAAUUGUACAAAGCACAAAUGAUACUUGUACAGAUUGCAGAGAUGAAUAUAAAAAAAAAUAUUUAUGUACAUCUCAAGAUAUAGCUUCCAUGAUCCAUUCUUUUUGACUAAGUGGUUUCGCAUCAAGUCGAGCUUUUAAUUCGGUAAUAGCAUGCUCUAUAAUGUUUGGGAAGUCAAAGACGUUAGUCACACACAGAACGGACAGUUAGGAUCAGUAGGAACUCCAGCAAUGUAUAUUGAAUUAAAGAAGCAGUUAUGACUUCAUGUCAUCAUUGGCGUUUGUGUUUUGAUAAUUAUAGCAUCUGUUUUAUUUUUCCCUUAUUAAUCCACCUUCUUAAUUACACUCUCACAUCUAGCAAUCCCCAAGGAGUAAUAACUCGCAAGCAUUCUUGACUCUGAUGUUUGGUCUAUGUUUGUUCCUUUAACCAUUAUGUGAAGAUCCUGCUGACCUAUUUUGCCAUACGUUAGACGUUGUUCAAGCCCCAUGAUGGAUAUACAGUGGUUAAAGUGUCUGUUAGGCUAAUAAGUCCAAAAAAGGUUAAUAAGUCCCUGUUGUAACAAGUAUUUGAAUCGUUUGUUACGUUUGGAGGUAUGGUCCUGUUCCGGCAUUCGGGAAAUGGCUCUCAGGCGUCGGCUCUCCAUCAAUCCCUAUGUCCUUUGCCGCCCUCUCCCAUGGUCCUGUAUGGUGGUGUUCCUCCACCGGGAUGUGCGCAUAUUCUGGUCUUGGUUUCGAGUAUGGGUGCUCAGUGGUGUGUUGGCUCCGUUCUCUACCGUCGGAGACUUCUUUGUUCUGCUUUCAAUAAAAGAACUUACUCUAGUUCUUAGAGUAAGAAUACGUAUGGAGGCUGGUCCUGCUCUGCGGGUCGUCGGAGUCAUCAGUGUCUUCCAUCGGUGGUGGCAUAUUUUGGGCUCAUCCAUCCCAGUGGCUUCGCGGUCUAAUGGUUGCAAGCCAGGAUGUUUCCUUCUUUUAUGCAGGUACUCUCCCAACUUGACAGGACUGCUUCCUCCGCAAACCCAAUUUCUGAGGGAUAUGGCUUCUAGGUAUGUCAUUAAUCCCUUCCUCCAUUGCGACCUUCAUACUGGCAGCAUUACAUUUAAAAGGCGAGAUUGGUUGCGACAGCACCAAACAUGGAUUAACAAGCUGAGUGGUGAAGUUGAUGUCUGGUCCGGGGUUGCUAAACACAACCCGACUACAAGGCAUUGUUGUACCAAUUUAAUCAAGUUUGAGAUGUAAUGUCUUGUUGUAAAAUACCCUUUUUGGGAGCUAAUCAAUGGAAACUUAAGUUUUUUAAAAAAGGAUUUGAAUCGAUAAAAGUUAAUAAUGAGAAAAUGUUAUUAACAUCUUUAGCAACUUUGUAAUUAUAUGGUAAAUGGUAACGGUGUAGAAAAUAUUAUGAUGAUGCAAAAAAGGUAUUUUUACUCAAUAGAUGUGAAUUGGUUAAAUUUUUAAGAAAUGUUUUAAUUCUAGUUAAAAACUUCAACUAGAGAAAGGAGAUAAAAAUAGAGUAAAAAGUAACCCAAAAAAACCCCACUUGAGUUGAAUGUGGGCGGUGCUCGUGGUCCAAACUUAAAAACCAGUUACAUGAACGCUGAAACUGUGGCAAACCACUUGUCUGAAACAACUAUAGUUAUUGGGAUCGUAGAUUCGUAAGCACCAGAUUUAUAAGUUUGUCGUACUAUAAUUGUUUUUUUGGAUAAAAUGUUAAAUAUUAACACCAUUUUCAAAAACAAUUUACAGGAGUUACGAAGAACACUCAUAGCAGACUAAUUUAAUACAAGCUAAACAACACCAAAAGACAAACUAAAAAAUCACGACUAUCUGAUUUAAAAUAAAAAAUAAUAUCAUAAAUAUUCAUCUGCUAAAUUUUAAUUUCUCUACGUGUUAACAAAAGCACGUUGUUAAUUAAAUUAAGGAGAAUUGGGCUAUAUAACUUUCAAACAAAUUAUAAUUCAUUCACUAUCUAAAACCCCUAACUCACCUAUACAACUUGCCUCUUAUAUAUAUAAUAUUCCAUAUUGUCCUCAUAUGCAACUGGUGAAACCUGUAAGAAAAAAAAUAAAUUGAUUUAAUGAUAAUAAUAUUGAAAAAUAACUCGUGGCCCUUUGAAAAACACACAUUUUUAUAUAUAAUUUAUUUUGGUGACUUUGCAAAAGAUGAAAGUCUUCUUCCCAGAUUUAUUUUGGAAUUAAUUUCUUCUCACAAGAAAGACAACCAAUUGUGGUAAAUAAGAGACAACUCUUAAGGCGUAUACGAUGAGUAAACACACCAACUCUUUCAUUUAUUUUUCUCCUUCUCUUAACUCAUUGAUUUUUAGUUUCAUAAUCAUGCUUUUGCUUUCAUACUCUGUUUUCAUUUUUGAAUCUUGCAAAUGAGAUUGAGAUUACCGCAUCAGGGUUAUAUCCAUGAUGCUUUACAUAUAUAGUGGUGAAGAAUAACGACGGCAGAUCGGUAAUAGUGUCGCCGUGUCGAAAAAGAGAGAGGAGAUGAAGAUGAUCUCUAUAUGGUGGUUAAGAAUAAUGACGGCGAUUCAAGUGAAUGUGUAUCAGCCUGUCAAAAAAUGAAUUGAAGAAGAUGAACUCACCAUAUAUACUAUAUUCAAUGAAAAAAUAGUAUAGUAUACAUUCUUUAAUGUAGCUUUAUAUACAUGUACCAUACUAUUUGAGACAUAUUUCUAUACUAUUCUUUAAAAUGUAAUAAUUUGUCAUGUCUUCAAAUUUGAUAGUUCUUUUAUCUACAUGUUAACAAAAGCACGUUGGUUUAUAUUCUUGGGAUGUGUUUUCAUGUCUAUUAUGUUAUUAAUAGCUCCGGUGAUCUAUGUCGCAUUGGUCUACGACGCAAACCAAGAAGAGCCACCAAGGCGACACAACCAUGGAAUCCAAUUGGUCGGAUUCCAGUGGCUCAUGUCUUUAUUAGUGGGUUUCUUAGACGACAAAGUCGAGGCAUUGUUGGGCUCAGCGGAUAUUUAGGAAACUAUGGAGAGUAAUGAUGUUUCUCGGAUAUUUCACAACUCUCAGGAAAUUUAAUAGAAAACUUGAUGUUUAUGGGAUUUCGGACGCGUUAUUCUCCAUAGGCAUGGUGUUCACCAAUCACGAAACCCAAAGAUGAGGACUCAUUUUGAAGUUCUUCAAAACUAUUAUGUUUUGGAAGAUUGUCCAAUACAGAGCUCAUAGAGUGACCCAAACAGUGGCUAUUGAGGAUAAUCCUGAUCUUAAUCCCGAACUCGAUCCGCUGCUUCCACGUCAACCCAAGGAAUGGCUAUUGUUUUCCUCAGACAAGGUUUUGUUCUUCUACGAGAAAUGAAAAAGACAGAAUAACUAAAAGAUGUCACCGAGGAAGAGCUACAUUUGCAGAGAUAACACGUUCACUUGGCUUCAUUUUUGUAUUUUGAAUUUGAUGUUUAGUGAUGAGCCUUGGCUUCGACCUUCAUCUGAGAGUUUUUCUUAAUCUACAAUAUGUUAAAAAGAAUUUGUUAAUAUCUCACUCAUGAAGUCAUGAAAUCACAUCAAAAAAAGAUAAGAGAUACAACUACGAACCAAAAAAAAUCUCCAAGACGGAAAUAUCAAAUGCUCACAGAUAAAAGAGAAGACGCAACCGGACAUGUAGCAGCGGGGCAAUGCUCUUAGUGCACUUAUUGCCAGUAUCUAAUUACAACUUAUAAUUCAAAAGAAAAGAGAGAGAGGCAAAUAGUUACGUAGCAAUAGUAAAACAAAGUUGAAUCAAUAAGAAAAUUCGAGUAAGCAUUAAGCAGAGUAUGAUCAACCAGUUGAUUAAUGAGAUACAAAACUCAGCUUAAUCACUAGCCUUUUCAAAAUAGGCAGACCUAAACAAAACUAAGGUCUCCAACUAUACAAUGAUUCGAAACAUAAAUAAACGAAACUUGGAACUAUAUCACAUAUAUGUUCCCAUUGAUUCAAUUUGAAAUCUACAAUUUUCCAUUGUUCUAUGAUUGAAACCAUCUCUUGACAUCAACAACAGUUCAUGUGUGUCCCAGAAUCUCUCUCAAUUCACGGAAAAAUUAUUCUGACAAACAUAAGACAAGAAGAGAGAGAGAGGAGAGAGAGAGAGAGAGAGAGAGAGAGAGAGAGAGAGAGAGAGAGAGAGAGAGAGAGGAGAGAGAGAGAGAGAGAGAGAGAGAGAGGAGAGAGACCCAUAUAUGAGACCCAACACGAAAGCCGAAGCACGAACCAUGGGUUACUUAACCGAUUUCAUCGAGGCCCUAGCGGGAUCCGCCGAUCAUAAGCAACCACAAGGGUAUAAAUGCUAAUCAUUUUCUACACAAAUCCAAUAAAAUAGGUCAAUAAUUUGAUAUUUUUGAGGUAUCAGCACUAGUUACCAUUGUCUACCGACCAUAUACUCCGAGGAAGAGACCCAUUUGGAAACUCGUUAAAAGAAUUCAUUUUGGGGGGGGGGGGGGGGGGGGGUUGUGCAGUUCCGAGCGCACAAGGCGACAUGUAACAGCUCUUGCAGGACCAUGACAUCAAUUUACCAAACAAUUCUGAGCAAUAGCCACAACUACCGCCUUGUGCUUCUUUACCAAAGAGUAUCAAAGAAGAACCACUAUUUUCUGAAACCAAAAACUAUUAUAUAGAAAAAAAAAGAUAAAUAUUAAUGUGUCAAGAUCUUUUUCUGGUUCUUAUACUACAGAUAUUUUAACAAAAAUAAUUUACUUAUUUAAUAUUAUAACAGUAUUUUUUAUUAUUUAAUUAUGUUUUAAUAUUAAGAUACAUAACAUAUAAAUAUAUAUUGGUAAAAUAUAUAAAAUAUUAAAUGGAUAUAUUUGAUUGAAUAUAUUUUAUCAGAUUUUAUCUAAUAUAUAUGAUCCUCAUUAAAAUUAACUAUAUAGCUAACUGUGUUUAGAAAUAUAGUUAUUUUCCAUAAGAUUGUUUGGGUAUAUAUAUAUAGUUGUUUUAUUAUGAAUCAUUUAUUUUUUGUAAGAAAUUAAAUAAUGAUUUGAUAUUAGUUAACUGGGUUUUAGAAUAUAAAGUUAUAACUUUUUACAAAAGAUAAGGAAAUUACAAAAGUAGU